GAGGGAGAGAGAGUGAGAGAGACACAGUCACUCAACUACUGCAUGUACUCCUUCUCUGAGAGAAACCUCAUCAAACAAAAUGAGCUCAGAAGCUACUGGCAGGCCACACAAUGAUGAGUUGGUAAGUCCAGGGGAACUCUCCCCAGAGGAUGCUCCUAAGAAGAAGAAAAGAAGUAAAACAAGGAAGAGUAGCACUCACCAUCACACCAGCACCAGUGGAGGAAAGACAUCAAAACAAAAGAGACGGAAGACAUCAGGGGAAGGUGAAGUGGGCGGAGUCUACAAGUCACCUAGCGACAAACACAAGAAGGACUCAAAGAGGAGGAAGAAGAGGAGGAUCUCUGGUGGUGGGCAUUAUAUAGAAACUGGGCGAAGGAGGUUGUCUUCUUCUGAUAAUGACCAUGCCUACCCGAUGUACGAUAUGAUCUCCCCUCCUGGGUCACCAUAUGGGCGGAGACACCACUCUCCCUCUCCAAGACGUGGCCACACCCCUAUUUAUAAGAGAGGACGUUCACCUUAUUCACCAAGAAACAGCCACACCCCUUCUCAUUACUCUCCUGGUAGGCGGGGCUACUCCCCUAGGAGCAGAGACUAUUCACCUCGUUAUUCACCGAGAAGAAGCCACACCCCCAGACGUGGUUACUCUCCAAGGGGCCAUUACUCACCUCGGAGGGGACACUCCCCUUCCCCUCGGAGAGGGCACACCCCAUCAAGGCGUGGCUACUCUCCUGUUCACAAGCGGAGGUAUUCUCCGGUGAGGCGGGGCCAUACUCCUUCCUUUAAAAGGCGUGGCUCUCCUAAAGCCACUCAUCGCAGAUCAAGUCCUCAUUAUUUCACCCGAAGGAGUCGCAGUCCAAGAAGACGUUCCUAUACUCCUCGCUCUCCUUCUCCCCCUCCCUUCUCUCCUGCCCGUCGUGUCGUCCAUAGAUCAAGGAGUCCACUGACCACGCCUCCUUUACAUCGGCAGCACCGCUCGCCUGUUUAUAGACACGUUAAAAAGGUCAACUCUAAAAGGUCAAGCAUUGAUCAUGGAGAAGUUCAUGAAGACCUGCCAAGUAAAGAACUCUCUCCUAAUGGAGAUGCACUCGUUGAAAAAUGUACAUCAAAAUCUGGUCCUAAGACUCCGCCCAUGACCACACCUUCUGAGACCACACCCUCUUCACCAUCAAAGCCUCCUCCACCUGUUGAUGAGUUGCCUCCGUUACCAGCUGAAGCUCCGCCUCCUCCACCUCCUGAAGAAGAGAAGCCACCCCUCCCUCCUAUUCCUCUUCCCCCUACUCUGAUUGGUCAGUCAGAGCCGAAGCUCCCACCCCCUCCUUUAAUUAAUGACUUAUCCCAUAGACCAGUUAAGAGCAAGGCUAUCCCCACUCCCCCGGAACUAGCGGCACUUCAGUUGUCUCAUCGCUGUGUUAGCUCUUUUGAGAUCCUCUCACAAAUCGGUGAAGGUACUUUCGGUAAAGUUUACAAGGCAAAGGAUCUGAAGACAGGAGAAGUGAUAGCUCUUAAGAAGGUUCUGAUACGAACGGACAGCGAGAGAGAAGGGUUUCCUAUUACUGCUGUUAGGGAGAUCAAGAUAUUGAGACAGCUGCGACACGAGAAUAUAGUUACGUUGAAAGAAAUAAUAUCAGACACUCCUCAGGCUGCUAGCCUUAAGCAUGAUAAAUCUUCUUCAUUUUAUCUUGUGUUUGAAUAUUGUGCCCACGACCUGAUGGGACUAAUUGACAGUGGAAUGGUUGUGUUCAGUGAGUCACACAUCCAGUCGCUGAUGAGACAACUCAUGGAGGCACUCUGCUACUGUCACAGCAAGAACUUCUUACACAGGGACUUGAAGUGUUCUAAUAUCUUGAUUAAUAACAAGGGGCAGCUUAAACUGGGGGAUUGGGGUCUUGCCAGGUACUACUUCGCUGAUGACCACAGUCGUCUCUACACUAAUCAUGUUAUUACCCUGUGGUACCGCCCACCUGAGUUACUGUUAGGUGCCGAACACUACGGACCAGCUGUGGAUAUUUGGUCAUGUGGUUGUAUCCUCGGCGAGCUCUUUACAAAGAAGCCUCUUUUUCAUGGAAGCAUUGAGAUGGAGCAGCUGGACGCUAUCAGCCGAGUCUGUGGCACACCCACUCCUGCUAAUUGGCCAGAAGUCAUUAAGCUCCCUUUAUUUCAAACUUUUAAAUUCAAAAAGUUAUACAGGCGGAGAGUAAAAGAAGAAUAUUCAAAUAUAAUUCCUGAAGUUCCUUUGGAUUUAUUGGAUAAAUUGAUAUCAAUAGAUCCUUCAAAGAGGAUCAGCUCAGAAGAAGCACUGAAUCAUCCAUUCCUUAUCAAUGCAACUAAAGACUCCAUACCACCUCCACUUUUGCCAUCACAUCAGGAUUGUCAUGAGAUGUGGUCGAAGAAGAAGAAGAAGAAGGAAGGUAAAGUAACCGAAGGACCUCCGGCUGAAAAACCAAACCUUCAUAACCCGCCAAAAGGAGGUGUGGCAUCUGUUUCUCCUAGCAACCAUCAAAGCUCCUCCUCCUCUUCAUACAGAAAUGAAUCCACUGAUCAUCAGUACAAUAGUUCAUGUGAUAGACCUGAUGGGGUCCAUCAAAAUGUUUCUAGGCAGCAUCAUUCUCUAGGUCCACCACAUAGUCUUUCAGUACCACUUCCACCUGCACCAUUAUCCACGACUAGUAUAUUAGAAUCACUGAACAGUUCAUUGGCUGAUGGUGGGUCUGUACCAGCUCCUGGCUCUACUGAUGAAAGACUCCAUUUGAAACAGGUAAUUGCUAAGGCUCAGCGUAGCCUUAUUGAGGAGAUAACCCAGACCCUUGGGAAAGGAAGAGGAGGGAGAGGGGAGGUACCAAUGGUGGCCAGUAUAACUGGUAGACCUACCCAGUCCUUUGAUUAUGGUAACCAGUCAAACAAAGGUUUGGAGGAGAAGGCAGCUGCACAGCUUUAUGAUAAGGACAAGGACUGAAUUUGAAUCAGUUUGUUGAUAAUUGAUAAUAAUAUAACUCAGUGUGGUCAGUCUAGAGCAACACUUCUCACUCGCUGAUCACAAUUUCAUGCACACACUCAAACAAUGUCCAUUUCUUUUUUGUCUUGUUAUGAUGUGGUGAGGAAUUUAAUUCA